ACCGCGACUGAUGUGACAACACUUGCAUAACCUCGAAACCAUGAAGAGGUUGAGAAUGAGACACAGGUUUUAAUCGAUUUCCAUAAAAAUAAUGACACUAAUUUAUUAGUCACAAGUUUAUUUUUGAAUAUAUAACAAUAAAGUAGACUUAAGUAUGAAAAUGCAUACAUCGUUUGCUAAAAUAUUGUUAGUGCUGAGCUUGUCUUCAUUUAUAUCAGCUAGCGAGUUGGAUUUCGAUGGAUGGUUGCAAAUAAGAUUAUGGCAUUCCUUUGACGACGAGCCCACACCUCGUUAUGUAGAAAGAGGAAAAAUUACAAUCUCCAGUAUACGUAGUGGAGCAGCAGUUGUUUCUCAGCCAGGUCUUCACAAUUUAAAUAUAGAUAAAUUAAAUAUCCUUGCUAAACAUGGUGGUAAAUAUCGAUUGAAAGCAAUAGUACAAUCAUCAUCGGGAAGUGAAAUAACUUUUCUUACUUCCAUUUUAGCGUGUAACUUAUUAGGCUCUAAUUUACAAGAUACUUUAAACAUAUGGCUGGACAGUUCGGCUGAACCUAUAGCAGUUAAUUUGGUAUCGCAAGGUCCUUGUUCAUUGAAGAAUCCAACGGCACAAUCGUGGACUACCGACGUGCAAAUGAAAUAUCCUGAUGGUGGUCCAAUGCCUGAUACCGCCACCUACAUUCAGAAACUCGAAAGGGAGAAACAAGCUAGAGAAAGCGGGGAGAAUAAAGAUAAUCGUUCCUUCUUCGCUAAAUACUGGAUGUACGUAAUACCAGCAGUUAUAUUCGUCGUCUUAUCAUCUGCAACUAAUCCAGAGGCCGGCAAUACUGUUGGCAGUGGAGGUGGCGGUGCCCAGCGACAGUAACUACCUCAUGUUUAUAUGUAUAUUCUUCUUGUACACUUGCAAACGUUUUGUUGGAAAUGAAACUGGGCUCAUAUCAUGAACGUGUGCAAAUUUCAUGGACAUCUCAAUGAAAAUAAUACAUCCAAGUCUAUUUCAUUGGAAGAAUGUGAAGGAUUUCAUUGAAAUUUGUAAAUUUUAAUAAAAUUCGUAAUAUAUAAUAAAAAAAAAAAAAAAAAAAA